CGGGCGGUUCCCCUCGAGUCACGGGGUGCGACAGAUGCGGGCUCGUUCACCCACCUCGCCCGUCCCGUCCCCAGGUUGGGACUUCACAGUCUUAUUCGCAACUGUGGGGCUUCUGCGCUAGUGCUGAAUUGACUGAGGCUUGCGUGCUUCAGAGGCACGCAUACCGGUAUCAAGUACGCUGCUGCGGCUCAAGCCGGACAAGGUGUUGAUUUCGAGCACGUGGCAUUUGAGCUUAGCAGACCAGCCCCCUGUUUCGGCAUGUUGCGGUCCAAAGACGCAGCAGAGGAAGGCAAGACUCUACAGGAUAAGCUCAAAGAUCAGAUUCCCUUGUCUAUUUGUCCAUUGCUGUGCAUUGUUUCUUUUUCAUUUCCAUUUUUGGUAUCCGGUGCGAGCAUGCGCGAGAACCUCGUGUUCAAGCUUGGCACAUUAGCGAUCAUAGGGUGCUUCGCGGCAGCUUACGUUUUCGGUUAUUGGUUGAUCGCCCCGCGUAAUGACGAUGGGGUAGAGGUGUCGUUGGGAGGAUGGCGGCCAGGCAUUGGGGAUCACGAUGGAAGUCAUUUGUACUACUGCGGGCGGGCGUUCAAUCUACCUGGCAGUGACGGCUUCUGUGGGAUCCACAACGGCCCACAAUGUCCUUCAUGCGAGCGGUACUCUGCAAGCCCGCGGCAUGAUCGCGUCAAGUUCUACGUGCGCGAGAUGAAGCCCAAGCUUCGGAUCACACGAUGGCUCAGCCCAAUGAUAUGCUUGGCCUUCUGCUUCGUGCUCUGGGGGGCCCCAGAGAAAGAUCUAGCCUGCUCCUCUGAGUGCUGGGGCCCAAUGAUACCUUCAUUAGCUGCGUAUUACCUUCCACCAAGAAACACCAGUGCGAGCGAGUCAUUGGAAAGUGACCUGAUGUACGUGUCCGUGUUUCUCCCAGUCUUGAAGCCAAUACAGAUCUUGCCACAGAUUGGUCAGCCUAUCGACGACCGACUUUCGCGGACGAUGUAUUUUGGCGUGGAGAUGGGAGGCAUUCUUGUCGUCACCGCAAUGAUACUGGAAAUUGCCAGGUUUCUAUGCAAGGGGCGCAGGCGUUUCGACGGUAACUCCAAUAAUUUGAACGCACCUUUAGUUAGCAACGCGAGGCUUUCUCAGCGGCAAUCACCACACAGAGCGCUGUGGUGGUACAAAGUCACCUUCGUUAUGUACUACAUCGCAUACCAGGUUUCGCUGUGGGUGUUGAUGGACUACGGGGUGGCCAACGGCUUCAUGAACCUCACCACCGGGAUUGAUUGGGAACUCUGGGUGCCUUUUGUCGCAGCUGUAGCCAUGGUGGCGCUGGUCACCGGCAUCUCUUGGUACUUGAAGAAGGCAGGUGACGACUUUGAGAAUCCCGCACCCAAGCUUGCCAUGGUGAUGACCCCCUGGCUCGGAAACGAGCCGCAUAUCAUGAAGGACCACAUCGCUCAGGCACUUUGUUUCGCUGCCGCCCACUGCCAGGAUGAUGACGCGUUGCGAACGGUCGGGCUCGUGCUCGGUUAUAUGAGCAUUGCGGCAACAUUCUUCCCCUUACUCUUCUACUUCACCGAUCCCACAGUGUUCGACUCGCUCAGAGCGUCGCACUGGCCAAUACCAGAGUCACCCGCUCCUGGCCCUGGUCUGCAAGGUCACGGCCAGCGUGAAAGAAUCCAAUACAACUGCAACGGGGUGGCAAUCAUGGCAGUGAUGCCCGAUAAAUAUCUGCGUGCCCUUAUGGGAGAGGCUCCCCAUACGCUUCUCCACAUAGUCUUUGCGUACUUCUUCGGUGGGGGGGCAUUCAUCGUUGCAGCCAUAUUCUUUUCGGUGAGUAAGAUCAUCAUGAUCCCGUUGGGACGUUCUAUUCUGAAGUCGCGUAUCCCGGCGCACGGGUGCACUGAGAUAAAUCUUGAGAUGUUUUUGAGGAGUUGCCGCGACAAUCUCAAUUGGGACAGUUCGGACGAUGCCAUCCAGAGAGCGCGCAAGUAUAAAUGGGUCAACGUUAUAGCAUGCUUGGAAGAAGUGAUUCCAGACUUAGACUUCCACUCAGACAGGGUGCUGUUGAACGCGCUGGGUAAAGCCGCAUCUGUUGAUGAUGGCACGCAAAUUGAUCCGGCUGCGGGUCGCUACAUAAGCGUAUUACGCAUCCUCCGUCACAAUUUAGGUGUCCGCGACGAGAAAUGGGCAGCUAUCACCGUUGAUUGGGUGAAAGAUGGCAUAUUGUCUCAUGGCCAUUUGUCGCUCUUGGAGGAGAUCGACAAGAUGAUCGGGCAGAAGGCCUCUGCAAAGUACAUAAACGAGGUGCUUGAUAUGGAUGCCCGCGGGAGCUUGCCUGGAGAAACAGUUAGGGCCUUGGAGAACGCAUCGAGGAAGCUCGGCUUAGGGACCGGAAACCAACGAGAAGAUAAUCCUGACACAGGAGAAAUCUUUGCGGCCAUAGCCCUUCACGCCAGCAGAGUGCAGAUUGUUGUCUGGCUGUGGUGUUUCGCGCUUCCGGUGUUUGCCUUCGGCUGCGGCUGCCAUUUCGCUUGAGGCGCCAGCUCUGGCAAACCCAGUGUCACAGUUUACGUUUUGAUUGGCCACGUCGGUAAGAAUUGCGAUGUCACGCGUUUCCGCGACUGCAGUGGGGAAGAAGCUGUGCAGAAACGUUGUAGCACUGUCCUGUGUAGCAACCCUGCAACAUUGCCCAGUUGUUGCGUUUCUUGUUGAAAUCAUAUGGCAAGCCUCUUGGGAGCUUCUCUUGGGCCCCUCGGGAGCCUUUGCAGGGGCCUCCGAGUGAUCCUGGGCCGUCGUGGAUAAGGCAUGGAGGUCAAAAGGGGGUUGCCGUGUUGAAGAUGUUUCCUUUGUUGCAGAGUUCGUCCUCGCCCCUCUCCGAUCCACAUCCUCUGCAAGUAUGGGCGAGCGAAGGGCC